UCGACCGAUGAAGUGUACAAGGAUUCGGCCAUUUUUCCAACUUCAAAUCUAGUUUUGGAUUGUGUAAAAUAUAUGCUAUUUAAUUUAAAAAAGCCAACUCAGAACUCUGAAAACAGUAGCUCUAAAUGUGAUUUUUUUUAAAAGUCAUCCUUGAUGUGUAGCCGACAACUGUUCAACAAACAUGGCAGAAAAUAUACACAAUCGGAACCGCAACCUAGUAGUACAUAAUAACCAUAUUAUAAGUGAGCCAUCGACGUCAUCUUCCAACUCGACUCUAACCUCUACAUCCAAUCACUUGUCGGUCAAUCAGGCCGAUAGUGCUGUGAUGAUCCCGCUUAGCGCUGAAAACCUGGAGUCGCUUCGAGCUAGUGGUAUACAAUUCACAAGUCUAUGCAACACAAACCCCCCUGUCAGCGGCGGCAACAUCAUCAGGUCCAAUGGAAAUUUCAACCUGGGUUUCGGCAACGCAAACGUUAUCCUCAACAACUCAGUGGACAGCAGUGACGGCGGUGGGGGUGGGGUGAUAUUGGAGGCUGUUAGCCUAGGUGACCACCAGCAGCAACAGCAGUUACUUCAGCUUCAACAAUCUCAUGUCAAUGCUACACGAGCCAACAGCACAAAUAACAACAGAGCCAUAAUGCAUUCAAGCGAGAUGGCUGAUUCUCAAAACCUGGGCAACAGCCACAUUAUUAACAUGAACAAUGGUGAGAACAUGAAUAUGAGUGAUGCCAGUAAUUCUGCUACAGGUCUUAUGCAAGCCCUUGGCGCGGCUGUUAGCAGAGCUGUAGCCAGUGGUAAUUUCUCCACUUUACUAACAUCCUCUAUGAACUUACCCAUAUCUAUCAACCAAAACGGGAUUAUCAACGGGAAUGAGAUCAUGACUUUCAACAGUGUCCCCACGAGUAUUAUAAAUGGCGCCAGCGCUCAGCUAGUAUUAAAUCAACAGCAGCAGCAGCAGCUGGUUCUCAACCAGCUAGAGAACAACAUGAUGAACUCGGUGCCUUCCAUCAGUCUUCACCACGGUGCAGUGUCUAAUGGGCUCUCAGUGUCACGGGCAGGCAACUCUACAACAACAUCAUCAGGACCUGCAAGCAGCUCUUCCAAUGCCAUGGUCACCGUCUCCAUGGGUCAGCAACACCAGCAACAUCACCAACACCACCAGCAGCAACAGCUGUGGGUACAGCCUGACCAAAGUGGGUUUCUACCUGCUGCUGUCACCCUGUCAUCACAAGACUUGACCCUCCAGGGGCAGGUAACUCUCCCCACCAGCUCUCAGGACAACUCCAGCCUUCAAGAGCUGCAGCAGGGCCAUAUAGAUGGGAACCAGUACCAAGAUUUAAGAAAUCAGUUCCCAGGUGUGUUUCAAGUACAGCAACAAAGCAAUGGCAGAAAUACAACUUAUCAAUCAGCUGCCCAUUCAACAUACAGGAGGAACUCUCCAGUCCAGGAGUACAGAAACAUUGGAGAUGACAGUGAGGCCACACCCUCCUUUUCAAAUUCUCAGCACAUGUCAGCAGAUAAUCAAGCUGCUCAGCUGAUUGCUGCACCCUCCGUGGACAGUAGCACUCUUCAACAGGGUUUUCAACUGGUGUUUGAUGCAGAAAACCGUGUGCUAACUGUUCAGAGAGUGAUGUCCCCUUCUGACUGCACUGUCAGCCAAUCAACAUUGAGCUUUGAUAACUCUGAGGCUCAGGCCACUCUUCUGCCAAUGUCAUCCCAGUCUGGUCAGUCAUACACGAUGGUACAGGUCAGUUCAAUGCCCAACAGUUUUGGGUCAGGGAGCAGCACUAGUGAGGUGAGUACAUCCUCCAUGGCCGCCAUGCUGGGUGUACAAGACAACAGGAAUGGCCUCGGGGUCAACUCUUCUGAUGAUGGCCUCUCAUCAUCUUCUUAUGGCCACAGUGUGAUGACAGUCUCUAAAAUGGAGUUAAAAACUGAAUUGGAUGGCGCGUCAAGGCUAAAAUCAGAGCUAGAUGGAGCCACAGAGUGUGAUACAACACAAGCAGACAUUGAGUUUCAUAACCAGAGAAGCCCAGCCUAUAUGGAGACCUCCAACAACAUUGAUGACGAGCCAUCACUCGACUCCACAACCAUCCACUCCACCAUGCAGGGGUCAGCUGGCUCUGAUGUAAUUAUGGACUCAACUCUUGACAGCAGCGACCUGGCCAACCUCCAUUCUGGCAUGAAUAACGGUGACCUUGCGACCCUUCACCCUGUAACCCUGGACAUGUCAAGGGACAUAAUGCAUGCUCAGCAGGGCAGCCAAGCAAGUUGUUCAUCUAGUGUUGAUGAAUCUAGACCAGGUCCCAGUGGGCUCCAGUUUUCUUCAAGAAAACGUCAAUCUGAAGAGUCUAUGCCGCAGCCGAGUAAAGCUACAGGGUUUUUAAGGAAAAGUAAAAGACUGGAGCUAGUGGAGCAGGAACAAAAAGCAAGCCAGAGGAAAAAAGAUUACCAGUCCCAGCAGUAUGAUCUCAACAUGCUCUGGUGUGAGGAUUGUAUGCAAGCUUACAAAGAUGAGUGCCCUACACACAGGGUGACUUGUAUUCAAGACAAGGUCGUCAUGACCCGGGCAUGGGCCAGUCUACCCAACCAGGUCCACAUAUUUAGGAUAACAGAGUCACAGAUGGGGCCAGAAGAUCCAGAAUUUGGUGUGCAAGCCAAGCGUCAGAUACCCAAGUUCACCCAGUUUGGGCCUUUUGUUGCCGACCUUGUCCCUUCUCCAGAGCUUGUGACCAGGAAGUCUUUUCCCCUCAUGGUGGAGCAAGAAGAUGGUGGCUGCAUGUACUUUGAGACAGCUGAUGAGGACAAGUGUAACUGGAUGAUGUUUGUCAGACCUGCCAGGACAUUUGCUGAACAGAACCUGGUGGCGUACCAGUACAAGGAACACGUCUACUUCACUGUCACGAAGUUGAUUGAGAGCAAGCAGGAAUUAAAGGUCUGGUAUGCUGCCCACUAUGCUGAGAGAAUUGGGGUGAAAACACUGGAACUAACUGAGGAAGACAUGCAAGCUCUGGAUGAAGAGGACGCCAGGUUUGGGUGUUUUGAGUGCAGCAGAAAGUUCAAAUCCUCCGCAGCCUUGCAGCAGCACCUGACGACACAUGAGAUUGAGGACAUGCGGGACUAUGACGAUGGUGGGGACAUUGAUUUCUUUGCUGGUAAUCAGGACGGUGGGGCCAAAGGCAAACAGAAAGGAGCAGUGGUCAGGGGGAAACUGCUGCAAGGAAAAGGGAGACGGGCCAAUGGUGAAAAUGGAAGCUAUCACUGGAAGAAAAAGUCAACUAGCCUGUACCUCAAUAAAACGUUGAAGAAGUACAAGAAAAGACAGUGCUCGGAGAAGACGCUGAUCAGCAUGAAGAGCAUGUACAAGAAGCAAGGCAAGGUGUCUGGAGGGAGUGAGUGGAUGUGCACUCACUGCGACCUCACAUUCGACAACGCUUCACUUCUCAACCUGCACACGCUGACCCAUGCAGCAGAGGACUUGGGCAUGGAUGAACUGAGAAAACUUGCCGAGGAGCAAAGUUCAGAGGUGAACCAGAUGGUAUCCAGCUUUCAAGAUGGCUGCCAGGAAGUAGAUGGCUCCGCUCUAGCAAACAUGAUAACCAUAGAUAGAAAGAUUUGGACAUGCCCAAAAUGUAGCAUAGGAUUUGAAGACCACAAGAAUUUAAUGAACCAUGUAGCCACACAUGCCCAGGUAGUGAAGAUUGAAAAACCUUUUGACUGCAACAGCUGCAGCAAAAGCUUUAGCACACAAGAAAAACUUCUCAAGCAUUCAAUGGUGCAUGGCGAUGAAGCUGACAAACCAUUGCAGUGCCCUGUGUGCUACAAGAGGGUGAUGAAUAACUCAGCUAUGGCCUGCCACAUGAAGAUCCACAGUGGCAAGCGAUACUACGACUGCCCAGUGUGCAAUGAGGACUUUGACAUGGUGGCUAAUCUGAGGGAGCAUUCAUUGAAACAUAUGGACGGACAAGGGCUUUACCCUUGCAACACAUGCACCAAGAUCUUUGAAGAUUUUACCAUGUUGAAGAAGCACAUCAAGGGAUUCCACUCUGAUAGAGUGUUUGCUUGCCCUGACUGCGGAAAGAUUUUCCCAAGGGCAGACAAAUUCCGCCUGCACAUGCUGCGCCACACAACCCAUCGUGAGUUCAUGUGUGAGACCUGCGGGCGUCAGUUCAAGAGGAAGGACAAGCUGAAAGAGCACAUGAAACGCAUGCAUUCCAAAGAGAGGCUGGAGCAGCUGCUGUAUGCCAAGCAACAGCACAACCAGAAACAAAGUAGCAAAUUUACUCCAAAGGUCAUGCCAUCUGAAUACCAUCGGUUCAUCUACAAGUGCCACACAUGCCUACUUGGCUUCAAGCGCCGGGGCAUGUUAGUGAAUCACCUGGCCAAACGUCACCCAGAGAUCAAACCUGAGCAUGUGCCAGAACUCAACCUGCCCAUCCUGAAAACACAGAAGGACUUCUACUGCCAGUAUUGUGAAAAGAUCUACAAAUCCUCUUCAAAACGGAAAUCUCACAUACAAAAAAAUCACCCAGGGUGUCCCAUCCCGCCAUCGUCCAGAAAGAAGGUCAUCCAACAAGAUGUGACCAACGUCUCAUUUUCACACACGGUCAGCAGUGUCACCACCAUGCCACAUGGCUGCAAGUUUUGCCACAAGCAAUAUGCCAGCAAGGCCAAGCUACUACAGCACCAGCGUAAGAACCAUGCAGCACUUGUUGAGCCGGCACAAGAGCGCAGGAAACCAAAGAAACAACCAGCAGAUUUCCUUAUCACUGUAGGAGACACGUCUCAAGGUCUUGAGCGUUACGAGGCCGUCCCCAUAGCUGUAGUAAACCAGGGAGACAAUGUGGGCAACGCCGACCUGCUGACCCAGGCUAUGAGUGAACUUCACAACUACGCCAAUGAGUUCAUGAGCAACCCGCGCUUGACCACUGGUGGUGCUCCAACAAUGGUGCAUAUACAAUCAAAUGGACAACUUCAGCCAACCACAAUAGAUAUCAAUCAACUUAAUCAAGCCCUGCAUUCAUUCACGUCUCAAAACGGGGGUGUGGCUACAGUUUUGACCCAACCCCCACAGCCAACCAGCCCCAACCAAUCAGUGACAGUGGUGGCCCCUAUAGGUUCUCAAACUAUUAAUUUGGGCAACGCUCAGUUUAUAACCAGGGCGUGGGCAGGUAGCUUUGCCACAACUUUCAGAUAGGUCUGUGAACAAUAUUGAUUUGUCGCUGUUCAGCCAUCGCCAUCUCUGGUGUCUCUCUCAGCCAAAUAUUGUGAUCAAAAGUGAUGUGUUAAAACUAAUUUAAGUGUGACAUUUUUAUUUCAGAGUUAAAUUUGAUGAACUGUGAGAAGUUUAUUUACAGUAUUUUGUUUGUGAAACUGGAUUGUGAUUAUUGUACUGACACUACCAUUACUCUGACUUACCAAAGAAACAAGGUUUUGCUAAUGACCUGAUUCAACAUAACAAUCACCAUAAGCCCUAUGUGAAAUGUGCUAAAUCAGAAAAAAAAUUGCUGCUCCUAUAUCAUAAUAAGAAGGGGACAAUUAUUUUGAUGUAUAGAAAAGUGUAAAAACCAUUUACCACCUCCUUCAAUACAUUCUAAAGUAUUAACAUCAAUUUAAUUUAUGUCUGUGUAACAUACUGUAAAGAAUUUUUGUCCUGUAUUGAUAGAUCAAAGUAAAUUAAUUUAAAUAUAUGCAAGUUUGCUCAUAUUUCUUAAUGGCACGUCAAAAAUUUCAAAAAGUUUGUUUUAUUGACUACGUUAUAUUUAUUAGUAGUAUUGUUUUUUAAUACCAAAAAUGUUUUUUGUAUUUGUAUUAAGUUACACUGGUGCUAAAAAAGGUGCAUGGACUUAAAUUUAAUCAGCUUGCAGGAGAAAAAAACUGAUAUAGAUUUAAAAGUUGUGUUGCAAAUUUACUGGUAGUGAAGCUUCACAGCCCAUGCACAGUAAUAUGCAGGGCUGGACUUAUCUAGGUACCUUUUUUUUAGAUAUUGUUGAACUGAAAACACAACUUUUCAACAUUUAGACUAACCACUUUAUAACAGAUGUUAGUAUUUCACCAGGAAGUGUUUCAAUAACUAGGGGACACCACCCAAACAGCUCCAGUUAAUUUCUUUUUUGCCUAAGUAUGUAUAAAUGUAUAUUUCAGUAGCUAUCAGCCCAUACAUCUUGUAUUUAAAUUUUUUUAAACAUCAGCUAAAUAUUCAAGUUGACUUGAUCUUGUUAUACAAGUAUAACUUAAUAUUAAUAACCAUUGGUAAAUAAAUACAGACGUGUCCCUAUGGUCUAUAGUUGUAUGGUCUGUAGUUAAAAAAAAGAAAAUAAUUUAAAAAAAUAAUUAUACAAACUGCUCAAAGUAAGUUGCACCUUAUCGCAGCAUAAUUGAGUCAUUUUAUUUAAUGUUUAUGAUAGCAUAUGUACUUUAUUUAAUAAAAUGAGUGAAACAAGUUGCAGUUAUACUUUGAUGGUAUGUCUUCAAUCUGUUAGGAUAUUUGAUCUCAGAAUGUGCUGACUAAUCAGCUGAAGGGGUUGGUGUCUUCUAUUUAUGAAAUGUCUCUCUAAAAAUAUUAACUAAAGGCAUUUUAAGCUCAUAACACUACCAUAAAGAAAAUGUUUAUUUUUUUCAACAUUAUUGAAAGAUGUUGAUGUUGAUAAAGAUUUUUCUUUUUUAAACAGACUUUCUUGCUCUAGUUCUUCUUAUGUGAUAUUGUUUUAACACCUCUUGUACUUGUUUAACACAAGCCUGUGCCUAGUUUAAAAACUUCCUAUCCUUUUGCUUAUGCACUAUCCUCUCCUAUAUCUUAACACUUGUCCACGCCGUUCAUUAUUUCAUGUAACAAGGACCUUAAAGGUUCUCAAAGCUUUUAUUUUAAAAUGUUAAUUUUGUGCAAUUAUAUGUGAUUCAAUUUAUCAUUUAAAGCUAAAUAGUUCUUAUUUGUUUCUCGUGUUAAAAUUAAUUAUUAAUUAAUUACUAGCGUGGCUGUUAAUGUUAGUGCAAUAUUACCACAUUAAAAAAAUAAA